AUAAAAAAAACAAACAUUGGUUGUAUCCAGUGACUUGUUGAAACAUGGCCGCCUCUAAUGUUCAGUUCUAUGAAAAUCAGAAAAGAUUGCAAGAUAUCAUUACAAAUUGUGAACAACAAAGAGUAAACUUAGACUUGCAAUUAAAAAAAGUUUUUCAAACAGACCAAAACUCUGUGAAGUUGAAAGCUGCAAAACUUCAUACUUACUGGAAAAAAGUCUGUGAAGAUGAGCGAAAAGCCAAACAAAGGAAUGAGAUGAUACUUCGGGAGUUUCAGAGAAUAGACAGCCACAUGGCAGAACUUGAGGCGAGGACUCGGAGAAUGGCACAAGUGAAGAAGCAAUAUGAAGAUGACAUAUCAAGAAAAUAUCCCAAAUGGAAUGAUUUGGUGAAUGGAACAUGUAGCAAUGAAAAUGGUAAUACUGAAGGAAAAGCUUAUGGCAAGAUGUCCAAUGAACAGCAUCAGCAUUUAAAGGAAAACAAACAGAGCCCAGCAAAUGUCCACAAAUCCACCAUGCACACAUCUGUAAACGAGACUACUGUCAAUGAUAGCAAUAGUCACAAUUCAGACUACAUGAGAUCCACACAUAUUUCAGAAGAAAUCAUUUCUAAAGAAAAGUCCUUGCCUGCAACCCCAAGCUCUAAAAAGGAUACUGCUUUUCAUAAUUUAGUUGCUAAUACAAGUCCUAAGAGAGCCGCAUAUAUUUCUGUAGAUGUCGAGUCAGAUAAGUGGGUCAAAACCCCGACUCCAAGUUCUAAGAAAGAGUCUUUAAGUGAUGAUCAUAGCAGUAAUUACAUGAGUCUAAAGAAGGAGAGUAAUAAUACUAUCAGUAGUCAUACAAGUAUAAAGAAAGUUACUCAGGCCGCAGAAGAGCUCAUAUCUUAUGAAUCUAUCAAACCAAUCAAACAACCUCAAGAGCAGAUUGAAGAACCAAUGAAAUUUGAACACAAGGAAAGAAAAGAGCCUUUCAAGUUUACUGAACAUCAAGACGACAGUGAUGUUGUGUCUGACUUUAUGUCUGGAAGUGACCUUCCCAUGGCACUAUCUCUCGGAAACACACAAAUAAGUGCCCAAGUCACUUCACCUGCAGUUGGCAAUAGUUCUAAAAAAGACAGUUUUAUUAAAUCAGAGUUGACAGUUUCUGGAUUGGUGUAUCUGAUAAAUUUCAUCGAGUCAGACAUGAAGGACGCUUUCAGUUUGGAAGGUUACUACAGGUCAUCUAGGCCAGACACAGGUCAUAAAAAUGAUAUCAUAAGAAAAGCUAAUGCUGAAGAGGAUUUAAUCCGAGUAGAUGCCAACUUAGUCAGCAUGGUAGUCCUGGAACAAAUCAGUCUGAUUGUUAGAAAUCUAAAUCAGAAAUGUUUGCUACCUAAACAUCUUUUGCAAGGUGAUGUCUCCAAUCUCACAUUAAAUGCACUCAGAGAAAAUCUUACAACUGAGACUAGGAAACUCUGGGAAGUAUUGUUUUCACAUUUUAGUAAUCUAGUCAAGAUGGUGGCUAUAGAACCCAAUGAACUGUCAGCCAUAUUCACUCCAUGUCUAGUCCCUGAUGAGAGUCUGCAGGAAAAGGCUCACCAGUUUAUGUGCCAGUUACUAGGUGAUGUCAAAUCUAGCACCAACCAGUUAGCUGCAUCCAAUCAGUUCAACUCUUCUCUAAGCCCAAUGCCAACUUUAGAAGGUUCUAAUAGUUUCAUGGAAGAUGGCAGAGUGCCACCAUUAAAAUUUGGCAGCUUGUUAGAUCGACCGUUUAGUGAUGAUGAAUCUACUUAUAUUAAUUCAAGUUUACCUCGAGAUAAUAUUCCACUUAAUGAAACUGAGGCUUACAAGAGCUUAAUCUCUACAAAUCAAAGUAUGCUUGCCCGUCAACAGUCUUCAACACAGGACGAUACAACUGAUGAUGAUGUUGAAAAGCAAAUAGCUUCAGCCAUGAAGAAACCUGUGUCCAAGCCAUCACCGCAGCCUAAAUUGGCAGAACAAGAUGACCAGUCAGAAACAAGUUCGCAGACUUUACAGACAACUUCGCAGUUAUUCUCCCCUCGGGCAAUAACUCCAAGACAGAACAAGCCAUUGUAUGGAUCUAUGCCUGGCAGAUUAGGUGUAAAAAUCAGCUCUGACCUUGACACCGAUACAGAAGUGGAUGCUUUGAUAUUGGGAAGCAGUAAAAAAGUGGAAGAUGAUUUUGAUUUUUACGAUUAGGAUUUAGUUUAAUGGCCGAAACAAAACACAAUUGCUCCUUAAGACACACAAUGAACCAUAUUUUAGACCUAAAUAUCGAAUGAAAAAUACCACAAUAUAACUUGAUCAAUACAAGUCUAACAGCAGUGUUAAAACAACCAUAAUUUGUCUUAUUUGCAACGGCAUUGAUUUAUAUAUUUGGAUUCUAGAAUCUUUGAUUUAUAUUGUUUUGAAUACGGUAUAAGAUCUUCUAUUAAUAUUGUUUUGACUAUAAGAUCUUUGAUUUAUAUUGUUUUGAAUAUAAGAUCUUUGAUUUAUAUUGUUUUGAAUAUAAGAUCUGAUUUAUAUUGUUUUGAAUUUAAGAUCUUUGAUUUAUAUUGUUUUGAAUAUAAGAUCUGAUUUAUAUUGUUUUGAAUUUAAGAUCUUUGAUUUAUAUUGUUUAGAAAUAUUUCUGUAGAAAUUUAGUUUUAGUGCAUAUGCCAACGCCUUAUAAAUUUGUACCACAAUGAUAGUGGACCUGUAAACUCCUGAUAGUCUUUUAGUCUUUGUCCACAGCUAUGCAUUUGGCUAUUCACAUUUUUAUAGAUACUGAUAUACUGUAGUAUAUGUGUGAGCUGUGUGACACCAACUGCUUGGCUACCUAGUUAGGAGCUCCAUUUUGAAUCCCAAUGUAGAACAGGAAUUUUUUUCUUAUUGAAAUUUUCGAGCUGAAUUUUUAUUUUCUAAGCAUCCUAAAGGCGGAGGUGCAGUGGCUGAGUGGUAAAGCACUUGGCUUCCGAACCGGGGGUCCAGGGUUUGAAUCCUGGGCUUUUUAAUUUUCUGGAUCUUUGGGCGCCUCUGAGUCCACCCAGCUCAAAAUGGGUACCUGACAUUAGUUUGGGAAAAAUAAAGGUGAUUGGUCAUUGUGCUGGUCACAUGACACCCUAAUUAACCGUAGGCCAAAGAAACAGAUGACCUUUACCUCAUCUGCCCUAUAGACUACAAGGUUUGAAAGGGAAACUUUCCUUUCUUUUUUAUUCUAAAGGCAGCACAAGAAACUUCUCCCUGCCUUUCCCUCCACAAAAGAUUGAACUAGAGCAUUCUGAGUAUGCUAUAGAAGUAUGAGAGACACAGAGUUGUAGAAGACCUAUCAUCAGUCAACUGUUUUGGAAGACUAUUCAGAAUCUUGUGCCAUCCAUGUGCCAAGUAGAACUUUAUUAUUUAAAAUGUAGAGUUUUUUUCCAACAUUUUUUGAGAGUUAACAAUAGUGUCUUAAUUUUCAAAAAAGUUAUCCCUUUCAGACCUUCCGAUGUUUCUAUGAUCAACAGUUAAUCAGGGUGUCAUGUGGCUAGCACAACAACCAACCACCUUUACUUCUGCAACUUGUCAGGUACCUAUUAUAGUUGGGUGACUCAAUCAUGUCUACAAAAAAAAAUCCUAACGUUCCGAAUCACAGGCUUCACCGGGAUUCAAAUUCUAGACCCCUUAGUUCUGAAAUGACGCACUUUACCACUCAUUCAUUCUUAUAGGGCAAAAAAAUGUACAUUUAAAUUGAAUUUCAAUUACAUUUUUCUUUUUAUGCUGUAAUAAGUACUGAUAUCCAUUCCAUCUUUUGUUUCCUAAUUAAAUAUGUACGUUUUUCAAGGUCUUGAAAUUAUGUAUAUAAAUAUAAUAUAAUAUUGUAUAUUUCAAUGCACAAUGAAAUACAAUUAAACCUCAUUAUAUUGAACUUAAUAUAUCCAGUUUUGUAUGUAUAUCUUCACCUUCACCUAUCCCUUAGUCUGCUGGACAGUUGGGGGCUCGACACAAUGUCUGUUUACUGUCCUUCUUCAUUCCUCUUCUUUUGCCUUGGACAGAAUCUACAUCAAUGACAGGCCCAUCCAUUCCUACAUGUUGUCUUCCCAUCGCUUUCUCUGUCUGCCUCUUCUUCUUUUUCUUGGCCUUAAAGGAAGGUCUUUGCGAGCCCUGAGGACCUUGUAAUGUGGUCAUAGAAUUUUAGUUUGCAUUUUUAAAGUAGUUAGCCAGUCAACAUGGGAUCCAAUUGCUACAGUAAUCCUGUUACUUCUGUUGAAAAUGUUGUAUCCCACAGCCUUUGUAAGAGAUCUCCAUCUGUCUUUUUCGGUAGCCAUUGCAGCCAGGUGUUAAUUAACAUUAUAUAAAUAUAAAGUAAAGUUCCCCUUUCAGAUUUUGUGGUCUAGGGCAGAUGAUGUAAAGGUCAUCUGUUUCUGUGGCCUACGUUAACAAGGGUGUCAUGUGGCCAGUACAAUGACCAACCGCUUUUACUUUUCCCCAACUAAUGUCAGUUACCCAUUAGAGCUGGGUAGACACUGAGGCACCCAAAGAUCCCGAAAUUAAAAAUCCCCGGAUUCGAACCCCGAUUCGGAAGCCAAGCACUUUACCUCUCAGCCACCUCCUAUUUAUAUAACAAGGAUAAUAUUGGGUUGUUCACACGAUAAAGCUAAAAAAAAAAACUAAGUAAAAUCAAAUUAAGUAGAAAAUAAAUAUAUCUUUUAAUACCAGUAAUCAUCACAUGUAUUCCAGCUAGUACAAAUAGGCGAUAGCUCUAUAUAUAGACUACCAAAUGAAUUGUUUAAGCAUUGACCUGGAUUUGAGUACAUUAAGUCGCAUAUCUGUAAUUGAAUUGCAAUACAUUCUUUAACGUACCAACACUAUAUGUGUAUUUACACACUCUUAUUUCAAGCUGUAUUUUAAAUGAAUAUAGGUGCCUGUAAAUGAAAAUGCAGCAGCAGGGGCUCGAAGUAUGUUGCUAAUUAUAACUUUUUCUGUAAUUGAUUUAAUAAAGUUUCAAUACUUUUAUGUAUGUACACAUACAUUG